CUGGCCCCGCCCACUACUUCCCUGUUGCUGCAUGAAGUGGCACUUCGGCUUGUUCCGGGUUAAUUGUGCUCUCUUUUUUUCCACCUCUCGAUUUGUUUUUGUUGCUUUCUUUGUAUUUCACAAUGUCUCUCUUAUUAGAGAAUCAGUUCCCCGAGCUGCCUAAUCUUAAUGAAAUCGGUACAAAGUCGUUUUUGGAGUCGGUGUCCCAUCUUCCGCCUUUCUUCGAUUGUCUCGGCUCAAAGGUUUUUGCUCCCAUCAAAGCCGACAUAAACGGAAACAUCACAAAAAUCCGAGCCGUAUAUGACACCGAUCCAGUGAAGUACGAGACGCUUCAGAAGAUCCUGGAAGUUGAGAGAGGCACGUACGGGUCCGAGUGGCCGAAAGCAGGGGCCACGUUAGCACUGAUGUGGUUAAAAAGAGGCCUGCGCUUUAUUCAGAUCCUGCUGCAAAGUUUGGCAGAUGGCGAGCAAGAUCAGAACAAUCCCAACCUCAUCCGCGUCAAUAUCACUAAAGCCUACGAACAGGCGCUGAAGAAAUACCACGGCUGGAUCGUGCAGAAGAUUUUUAAGGCUGCACUUCUGGCUGCACCAUACAGGUCGGACUUCCUGAAGGCUCUGUCUAAAGGUCAGGUGGUGGCUGAGGAAGACUGCCUGGCCAACAUCAGGCAGUUCUUGGUGAACUUUACCACCACCGUAGAUGCCAUUUACGAGCUGUACACAGUGACGAAUGCUGAGCUGGACUACACAGUUUAAAGGGUUGCGCUUCACUGCUUUUCUCAGGUCAGACAGCAUUCCACUGGAAACGAUCAGUACUCCAAAUCAGUGCUUCUCAUUUGAUUUGGAUUUUUUUGUUUUGCUAUAAGAGAAAUUUCUACCUUAGCACGGAUUAUGCAGGAAAAACAAACAAACCAAAGUGCAUUCACAUACAGGAUUUCUGACCGAAGACUUCCUGUGAUGUUUAAAGACUGCUGUAUAAAAAAAUAUCCUGCAAAUCUAGGCAAAAUCCCAAAUGACAGAAGCGUCACUGCGUUUACUCCGACCUGAAAAAAAGCCAAUCGAGAAAUGAUUAUAACUGAUUAUGACUGAUUACAUACAUCACACAUGACAGAUACACCGAAUACAUGAUACAAAAGAGUAUUCUUAAAUACUACUGGUGAGGAACUAAUUUUAUAGCACAUUUCAUACAAAUGUGACCUUUUAAGAAAGGGAGGAAUAAAUAAGAACGAAUGAAUAGGACUGAACCAAACAAUAAUUUGUUAUUGAUUUAUAUUUUAAUUAAACAUUAAGGAGUUACAAAUUU